UGGCGCAUCGGUACCCGCUGCCAGCGUUGCAGAAAUGGCGAACGCCAGCAAUGGGCCGGUCCGGAGUCCCGGCGGCGAAGAAACAGGGUCCAAAAUCAGCGGUCUUCCACAAUCACAGGUCACCAGUGAGCAGGAUGCGUGCACCGUCACCUGGGGAUUUACUCUCGAUCAACUGUACAAAAUGGCCACGGCGUUUUUCAAGGAACACGAAGGAAAAGCCUUCCACAUUUCUUACGAAGACAAGGUCAAUCUCGUAGCCUACACACUUCAAGUUACACAUGGAAAGUACAACCCGGAGCGGUGUAAACCCCUCGGCUACCUCGAUGUUGUAGGAAGGGACAGGAGGCAAGCCUGGAUUUCAUUAGGAGACACGGACCGCGAGACAGCCAUGAAGAAGUUCAUCGAGUUGCUCAACCUCAAGUGUCCCCUGUUCCGGCCAUUUGUUGAAGCACACAAGGCAGACAUGGAAGAGAAGGAGCGCAAAAGGCAGGAAGAAGAGGAGGAAAGGAGGAGAGAGCAGGAAGAAGAACUGGAGAGGCAGAGGCUAGAAGAAGAAGUUUCCAAACAGGAACAGGAGCGACAGAGGCAGCUCGAGCAAAAGCGGCUAAUCCAGGAGGCACUGAACCGGCAGACCUAUCACCAGUUCAAGGCCUAUGCUGAGCAGCAGUUUCCCGGAAACCCUGAACAGCAAGGCGUGCUGAUCCGGCAGCUACAGGAGCAACACUAUCACCAGUACAUGCAACAAGUGCUCAAUCAACAGCAGCAGCAGCAACAGCAACAGUCGGGGAUGGCCGACGGCGGCGACACUGCCGACGGGCGGCCGCCGGCAGACCCACAGCCCGUGGUAACCAACGGCGGUGACGCCGACACCAAGGGCGAAGAAGGGGACAGCUCAGGAGACGAGGAGUCCACUGAAGAAGGCGGACAGGUGAUGCCAUCAAUCGCCACGGCGUCCAUGUGGACCCGCAAGGACAUAAAAGAGUUCAAGGAGGGCAUCCGCAAGGAAGGCAGCAACGGCAUCCUUAAGGUGGGUCACGGCGAAGUGGUGACCGUGCGUGUGCCGACGCAUCCCAACGGCAACUGUCUCUUCUGGGAGUUUGCAACAGACAGCUACGACCUGGGGUUCGGCAUCUACUUCGAGUGGACCGCCGAACCGGGCAACCAGAUGUCAGUGCACGUCAGCGAGAGCGAAGAAGAAGAUGAGGAGGAGGAAGAAGAGCGUUCCGGCGAGGGCGGAGACGUGGAGAAAGGAUCGCAGGGCGACCCCCACAACCUGGCGCAGCAGUCGUCGAUGAGCCUGGUGAUUCCAGUGUUCCGCCGGGACUGUCACGAGGAGGUGUACGCGGGCAGCCACCUGUACCCCGGCCAGGGCGUCUACCUCCUCAAGUUCGACAACUCGUACUCGUUAUGGCGCUCCAAGACGCUCUACUACCGCGUUUACUACACCCGAUGAGUCGCCUCCUCCCCUCAUUCCCACUUCACAACCGCAGCCCACCGCAAAGAUGCAGCCGUAGCCGGUGCCGACGGCCUCCUGGGCAGUGUGCGAGAGCUAAAGUGUUAGAAACUUUCCAGCUGUACCUUUCGUUUCUCUUUUCUAUCCUCCUGCCUUGUCUCGAAGACGUGAGCCCCCCACACUUACGGCACGUCACAAAGACGUACCAACAAUGCACUGCAUGAGCUAAAGUGUGAGAAACGUUUCGGCCGUACAUCUUCUUUUUCCUUCUUCCUUUCCUGGCUUGUCUUUAUGACUGCAAUGGGAUUGGAGGACUGCAGGUUUAUACCGUACCACGGAUUACGGAAUACUGUUCCGUUUGCUUCUUAUUGUCUAGUUUCAUGCUAUCGGUACUGCCCAUGUGUGGGGGGGCCGUAACGUAUUUCGAAAUGGCCAAUCACGGAGGACCAUUACGUAAAAGUACUCCGUAUUUCAUGUUACGGUAUAGGCCUGCUGGUGAUGCCACUCGAUCACCACAUGACAUUGCCCAAAAACUAGCAAAUGCCGAAAAUCUUACCGAAGGAGGGGUGUUAAAGCGAGUUUGCUAGUGCACGAUUUACUCAACUUCUCGGAAACUGCUCUACAAACUGCGUUUGUGUCCGUCUCGCUUUUUUCCCGUUUCUAGCGCGGCUUUCGAGAAGUCCAGAAAAGGAAGAGAAAAAAGGAAAUGUAGGUGAUGUUCACUGCACGGGCUUGAUGUUUGCGUACGAGUUUGGGACUUGAAAUAUCCGUCGGCUGACUGGUACGGGCGAACUAGACUUUUGAGGAGCUUUUUCUUUCUUGACAAAAUGAAUAAAAGGCUUCGCGAUACUGGCCACAAUAGAAUGCAGCAAAAUGCUGUUGCAACCGGUGACAGAUAGGCUGUGAGACAGAGGAGGUACACUGCUACUAACUACCCAAAGUGCAGCAAAACUUCGUGCUAACAGAACACUUUCAGUUCUCUGAAAGUGUUUUUCAUGGCCAGAUCAUUCUGCUCGAAAUGGACUAUUAGCAGGAAGGCAGAAUUUCAAAUAAAGAGUGCAAGAUGUGACUGACAGGAUUUUGUUCCUGGCUAAACUAAUGCUUUCGUUUUUCGCUGAACUUCGGUGCCCUCAGCAAUGUAAUCUAGAGUUCUAAGGCUUUGCAGGCAACAAGAAUGACUCGUGUCCCGUGAUUGCGCUAAUGUGCCCGGAGAAGUAAAACUGGAUGUCAUGGUAGUUAUGAUAACGCAACUGUAUUAUCUGGGUCUGUGCUCAUCUCGACAGGAAGAAAUCCCAAUUGUGCUAUAUUUCAGUGCUUAUCUGUACUUCAUUUAUUUUAUGUAAUUGUCUGCCAAAGCUUGUUGCCAUUGGCAACAAAAGAAAGUAAAAGCUAAAAUGCUCACUUUCCUUUCUGAGUUACAUGCCCAUCGCGGGUUACAGGAAAACCCCUUUAUGCAGAAAAGUAGUGCCUCUCUCGCCCGGCAGCUUACGUACUGUCGUUUCUUUUCGUGUCACGCGGUCACAUGGUGCAGGGAAUGCGCACGUCGUUUCUACUCUGCGCUGUGUAUGCCAGGAGGGCCCAUGUUCCCCAACGAUCUGUUUCCGAUACGCUUUUGUGUGACGUGGAAUCUGGCGUGGUGCGUCAUUGGGAAGAUUUUCAACAUUCUAAUGCCAGUUUGGCUUUAUCCACUCAACGUUCACGAGAGGGUGAUACAUUUGGACCUCUGUAUAACCAAUUAUUCGAUAUAACGAAGUAAGCCUAAAACACCUCUCGUAGAUGUCAACGCGUAACAGAAGCUUGCUUGGGAGGAUUGUCAGACAUGAACAUUAUUCAUUGUUGAUUGCAAUGAUAGCAAAGGUUGCACCUGUAAGACUUAGUGAUCUAAAUUGCAAUGCCUUUUUCUAGGCAAAAAAAAAAAAAAAACGAUGCUGUGCCCCAACAUUUAUGUGCGCAGCAAUCCCAAACAACAUUGCAUCAAAUGUGCGUCGUAAAUGGAGGCAGGUUUGUAGAUCGCGGGAGUUAUUUUGCCUUUGCGACAUGAAGGCACCAGCUUUUCCCGUGGUUUUCUCGAAAGCACGCACUGCUGCAUUCCCACGGUCUUCUUGUUGCCACCGAUGAACAUAAACAUUUGCUUGAGUCCUGGACUAUACGAGUUAAGAAGUUCAGGUGGUGUUAGGUUCAGAGCUGGACCAAAAAAAAAAUACCGCGGCGUUCCGAGCCGUAGGCGACAGUGGGGGUACCCUUCCCUUCACUCAUUAUAUACAGUACUGCACAAAAGGAUGUCAUGUUGUUGUUUUUCUGUGACAAAUUCAUUACCUUCAAUUAAACGCGAUACUGUCCUCUAGUAUGCACAAUUCUGCUGUUACAGGGAGGCAACAAUGCACGGUGGCACACGUCAGUUUUGCUGCCGCGUUUUUCAUGGUGCUCAUCGCUGCCCACAUACUUCCACAGCCUAUCCGCUAGCACUUGUCGAGCUUGUGUAUAUACAUGAUUUUUUGUUUCGUUAUAUCUCAUUCAUUUAUUGGUAGCAUUGCCCAGCUCGUAGUUAUACUCAGUUUCAUGCAUAAGGUGCAACGCCGUGGAAACUGUGCAAGAAGUUUGGUCAGCAAAACGUGUAAGUCCGCGUAUCUCGCACUUGGAUUUCGUUGUUGAAAAUGUGGCCUCUGUGAUUGGCUCCGGCUGCGUGCUACCGGAACUAAUCACAGAGGCCACGAUACGAAAACAAAGAGACGCUGAGCGAUCCAAAAUGACCUAUUGGCAACCGUAUAAGUGACGGGGUUUGUUUAUUUCUAAGGUGCAAGCCAUCUUCAUUUAUUACUCUGUGUAAAAGUGAAAAAAAAAAUUUAGAAUCACAUUACAGGUGUUAAACUGUCUUAAAAAAAAAUGCAUAAUGGGUGGUAAAAUCAUUAAAGUAUUUCUUGGUGCGGACGCAUCUACUGCAAGAAGCCUCGCUAGCUUAUAUAGUGUUGUACCUGAUGUACGAAACGCAGUUUAGGCUAACACCUCCGGUUGUCGUUUGAACUAACCCUCCCCCUUUUUGCGUGCAAUCUUUGUGGCACACCGAUCAAUGUACAGUUUGCUUGUGAUACAUUCUCGGAACAGGCAGGUUUUGUAAAAUGACGGCGUAGGCUACAUGGUGUUGAUAGCAUGGCGGUAAAUGUUGUGAAAGUUAUUGGUCGAGGCUAGCAGUCUGGCACAGUGCAGCAACCACUUUGCAAGCAGUACGGCCAAGAGAACUUGCAAAAUACCUUUUCCUUUUUUUGCCCAAUUUUGUAUGUACGAGACCCUUCAUUUACACAUUUCAUAUUGAAUUCAGUGAGAAUUAUAGCACAGAAAUAAAAGCCAUGCAGUGUUUUAGUAGCCGGUGCAAGUGUGGUUAGCAAAAAAAGAAAACUAAAUUGUGCUUACUGAAUAUCAUUUUGUUAGCUUCUCUGGGAAGAAAAAAAAAACUUAUGGCAGAGUGUUUCUGUUUCUUCAAACUGUUGCAAAAUGAAAUAGAAACUGUCGUUAAAGCAGAGGCUCAAAUGAAAAGCCCGGUGCAAUUUGCCACCAGGUAUUCACGAAUGACUGUGCAACAAUAAAUGCAGAAGCUGUAUAUAUAUUGCAAUGCGUUUGUUUUUGUGUGUACGUGUGACUAUUGUGUUUUGAAAAUUAGCAUUAUUGCGACUUGGGCACGACUUUGUCGCAGAUUUGCAUACUGUUAUAUAACUUACACUAACGAUUCUUUUCGUUUGUUGAACCAUCGUACAAAGGCGGACAGUGGUGCUCCGCAUGAUACAAUACUCUAGAAACAGUUGCACCCUUAGGGGUGUCUCUGUCCCACAACACUCUUCAAAAGGAUGGCGUAUUUAGGGUGUAUUUCUGUCCCACAACAAUAAUCUAGCUUGCUUGCGUUUCCUUUUUUUGAAACUAGACGACUGCCACUUUCCUGUCAAGAAUGCUUACCAUGUAUGCCAUUUGUGACUGGGAAGUACCGGGCGUGCAAAGAUAAUGCAAGAAAAUCAUGCAAGAGGGACAAAGUUUGGUGUGUAGCAGGACACCUCAAAUACACCUUUUUUUGUCGGUGUAUUGUUGUGGGCCAGAAAGGCACCCUAAAGGGUGUAAGUUGCUAGAGUGCACAUAGUAUGCAAACAGCUUGGCUUGUCAGUUGUAGACCCAUCUCAGUUGUGUGUGCACUCUGUUAAUUUCGUUGUGCAUGUCAUACUAUGUUGAGCCAAAUGUUUUGUAAAUGGAAGCAUCCGGUAUUCACGACUCUUCCACCCAGAGUAUUUUGCAGUGCACGCAAUUGAAUGCUAUAUUGGAUGUACUACUUGCCAGUUUUCUAGUUCUAAAUAAAUUAGAAGGAUGCAUUCUCUUUAUACUGUAAAUUGCAAGCGUGCAUUCUUCUGUGAGGGUGACAGACACUGCAUACAAGGGAAUGGGUGGGUGCCACCAAAUAUCGGUGAGAAGGAAAAAAAUAAACAGGCUGUCGUGGUUCUGUCACGCAGCAUCGCUGUUCUUUCUAUUGCAGCAAAGUAGACAAUUCGAUUGUCUGUCCGGCAUCGCCGCAGACCAACCUUUACUGUAUCUAUUUUGCACGAAACGAGUAACUGACGCAUCCAAACUUAGCCGCGGUACUAGACCAACAGCAGGGAUAAUCGAUGCAUACGUACGUAGAGCUCCUGUUCAUGUAAGAUUCGGCACGUGAGGUGCUAAGCAUGUGUUAUUGCAGUUGCACGUACGAUGCUUCGUUUGAUUAAACUCUCACUGCGCUUGCAUGAAAUUUGCGCAUGCUCAUUCGCGACCACAGUUCGUUGGUCAUACCAGUUCGACUCCACUCUGAACUGCACAGCUGGCAUGCUUCCAAGAUAUCGAUAUUAACUGGUUUGGGAUUAGCAGGGUCUAAUGAACUAUUAAUAUGCAGGGAGUGAGUAACAAUUCCUUGCAUUGAUAUCACUCAAUAGCAUGCGAUAAGAAUGGCAAAUUCUCUGAAAAGAAAGUUUGCAGGUGACAAUUGGACUAGUAUUUGUUUUGUUUCGACCAUGAUAUCCUCGCUGCAGACCUACCUUUGUUAUAACAGCUUUUUUUUUUUCUUGGGAGAAGGGCAUCUUGUUGCACAUAGUGUCAACUGGUGCACCCUUAUGCACGGCACAUCAACUGCCGUAUCCAAAGUCCAGGUUGCAAGGGCUGCUACGGUGUGCUUUGCAACUGGUGCGAUCGAGGAACGCUCGUCUUUGUGAUUGCGACGCUCGUCUUUGUGAUCUGCCAGAAUGCGACCCUGGCAGAUGAACUCGCGACUAUGGUGAAUGUUUGGGGUCACAGUUCCGAUAUAUAAACAAUGUAAACAUUAAUAGCAUUCAAGCGGAUUCCCCCCAUGCUAAAUUAGUUUCGGAGACUAAUGAAACAUCAGUUUUGAAAAAUACUACCAUCAGCAACAAGCCAUGUUGUUUGCUCCAAACUUCACAAAAAAUAAAAUCUAUGGAUUUUGGAAUGCUUUAUAUGACAUUUAGAAACAUUGAAGGUAUUUUGAAUACAGUGUUCUGAAUUGAUUCAAGCGUUUCAAGUACCACUAGAAACACUGAAUUUUGUGCUCAUGUACAACACUUGAAUCAGUUCACAAUGCUAAAAUUACAUGUUUUUUUGUUGUUGUUUAGAAUUUUUUGUAUACAUAUAGCAAACCUAAGCUCAUCAAAUGCUGGCACGAAGCGUUUGCCUUGUACGUACAAUUACUGUAGAAAUUUUUGCACUGCAAUGAUGGGCUGCACCUAAAGGAAGUGCAUAAUUCCGUAAGUGCGCUGAGCGUUGUUUGAUUUUGCAAAGUGGUAGUUGUACCGCUUUGCACACUGAUUGCAUACUGUAUUGUAUGACACGAACGCAGUGCAAGUAAGUUAUUACCGGGCGAUUUUAUACGCCUCGGAAUGUUUGUGUGGUUUCGGAAAAAAUUUGGUGACCUGCGCAAGAAGAGGGCGCAGGUUUUUACCAAAACUAACGAGAGUGAAACAGAGGGACAGUUUCUUGCUCUCAUCUUGUACAAAAAAAAAAUUAUAAUAAAUAGCUUUACUGAGUGGCUUU